GUUCCUAUUCAUCUCGUUUGACGUGGUCGUCAAGACUGUUGAACGUUUAUCUCCGCUUCCAUUUUACUCUGAUACCCACAAACGACUCGAACGUCAUUGGCGCCGGUAAACAAAUCGAGAAGCCCACAAAGACAACACAGUUUACUAGGUUAUUAACUUUUAAUUGCUGAGCAAGUGACAUUAGAACACAGAAGAAUACCAAACAACAGGGAGACAACUACUGAAAUUGCCUAAAUGGAUAACAGACAACAGAAUUUGAUUUAUUCGGGAAUAUCCUUCGUUUAAGACUCUGCCAUCCUGUCAAUGAAUUCUGGACUUUGCUGUGUGAUGAUUUCUGCUUUUUGCACAUAAGAAAUGACAACUAACGAAACAGAAUAAUCUAGAAAAUACUAUAAGAAAUAUAUGUGAAUUACAGCGAUUGGCGAAGUUUUGCCGGUUUACUAGUUUUCGUUCUCAUCAAAUUAUUUAUUAAUAUCUUAUUAGAAAACAAACCAACAUUGGAGGGAAAACCCCUCUUUUAGCUCAACGGAAUUAUGGCAGAAGACGAAGUAAUUAACAACAGUGACAGCAACCAUCAUACUCCCCCACCGCCACCUCCACCACCACCACCGCUGCCUCCACCGCCACCACCACCACCACCGCCUCUGUCAUCUGAAGCUGUCCGUCAUUCAUUCAGUAUUCCUACCGGAAACCUUUCAUCGUUCCAUGGUGCCAAUGCCAACCCGUUUUUAUCGUCCAUGAGCGGCAUAACCUCCACACAUCCUUCCUUACAGAACGCCGCUUUCCUCAACGCAGGUCUCUCUCGUCAGAUAUGUCUCUCAGCAGAACUGCUUCCUCGUUUUAUCGGCGGAUUUUGCGACCCAGCCAUAUUUUCCGGUCGAUAUGGAACAAUUGGUGGCAGCAAGCCUAAAGUGGCCACACCAAAUGUUGUGGCAAAAAUCGAGGAAUAUAAAUUAGAAAAUCCUUCUAUUUUCGCUUGGGAAAUAAGAGAAAAGCUUAUGGCUGAUGGGGUUUGCACUCAAGCCACUCUACCAAGUGUCAGCUCAAUAAACCGCAUCUUACGAAACAAAGCAGCCGAACGGGCAGCGGGUGAAUAUGCUCGUCUAGCCAGCCAUGCCCUUUACUCUGUCUACUCUCCGUUUUGGAAUGUGGCUAGUUACCCAAAUUCUCUUACACCCAGCGCACCUGUAAUCAACUCUUUCCAGUAUCAACCUUCAUCGUCUCAUGCAGCAGCAGCAGCAGCAGCAGCCGUUGGUGUCUCAAUACACUCUACGGGACCUCCAUUGUAUGCAUCAUCAGGAACUUAUGAUUCAAAUAGCGAAAUAAUUAUCUCAUCGCCUGAUCAUGGUCUGACGUUAACUUCUGACAGGGACGAAUUGUCGCCCUCACCAUCCGAUGAUUCCAUGUCAAGAUUACGAAGAAACAGAACCACUUUUUCGGCUGAUCAACUUGAAAUUCUAGAAAAAGAGUUCCAGAGAACCCAUUAUCCCAGUGUAAAUACACGUGAAGAAUUAGCCUUGAAGACGGAUUUGUCCGAAGCCAGAGUUCAGGUUUGGUUCUCGAAUCGCCGGGCAAAAUGGCGGCGUCAUCAACGAAUUCGACUUUUUCAAUAUCCGACAUCCCUACUGGUCCCAUGGUCACCGUCAGCAUCAAGUCCAAUGCAGAUACUUCCGUCAGACAAGACAAGCAACGAAAUGCCAACACAUCACUUACCUCUUCCACCUCCAGCACAUCAGCCACAUUUGUCGUUAACGCAUCAGUGCUCAUUAAACAAAAGACCGAUAUACAUCGAUGAUUAUCCGAUGUCUGAACCCUCUCCAAACAGAGAGAGAUUGAACAGUUUCAAAGAUGAAUCACAUUCCCGCCAACACAUUACGUUCGGUAGUAAACAUUCAGCAUUUCGACCAAUAGAGAGACAUUGUUCGUAGAUGGUCACUUGGGGGUUGAACGGAGUACGCAGAUGCAAAGGACAUUCAUUACAAAUAGCUUUACACAAAUAAGCACGUACAUACAUAUUGUACAUUGUAUGGAUGUGUUUGUGCAUAUAUGUAUAUAUAUAUAUUAAUUCCCAACACGCCAGAUGAAUUCAAUUCGUUCCCAGUCGAAAGACGCCUGUUGUUA